CUUGCGAUUGACUUCAGUUUAUAUGCGCAGGAGUGAGAACUAGACGUGUGCCAAAUUGUGUUACGACUUUGUUGUGAAAUUCUGUUGUGUCUAGUCGUAAUGUCGCGACUAAAGUGUGUGUUGUUGUGUGCGUUUCUAGCGCUUUCUGCGCUGGGACCAGCUGAUGCCAGGAAGAGUUUCGGAGGUCGUUCACACUACCCGAGGUCGGGGGGCCUCUCCGGAUCCUCACAUGGAGGCUCACAUUCUUAUCCAAAAUCGCCAGGAUUGUCCGGUGGAGGCCACGGAUAUCCUAGCUCUGGAGGCAUGUCAGGAGGAGCGCAUGGCUACCCAAGCUCAGGAAAUUCACAUGGCUACCCAGCAUCAGGUGGACUAUCCGGGUCAGGGUCGAGACCAGCAUAUCCAAGUAAUACCAACACUCAUCCGAGCAGCAACCACGGCUACCCUGCUAGUGGAGGACUGUCAGGGAACUCCAACAAUAAUGCGAAUCGAGGAGGACACACGACUAUCAACAAUCAUUACCACUACAGUCCUCCUCAACAAAUAAGAUACCAGCCUGCUUAUGGCGCUGCUCCCGUCAGCUACCCCGUGUACCGCGGCACUCCCCCUACUUACGUAUAUCAAUACCAGAAUUCGGGCAGCAAAUACAGUACAUUGCUCGCUGGAUUAGCGCUGUUCAACCUUGGCGCUCUCGGCGGCGCCGCGUACGGCUUGCACCACAGCAGCAGCAACUCCGGCAGCGGCGGCGGCUACAGGGCACAGCCGGGCGAAGUCUGUAGAUUCGGCCUCAAGAAAGAGAACGGAGAUUAUGAGGAAACCAGAAUCGAUUGUAACCUAAUAAGCAGUUUCAUAUACGAAGCGGAGGCGAAGAAAAACAACAGCCCGACAAAUACCAGUGUCGUAACCACGACCGUGACGAACGUAACCGUGGUGAACACGACCAAUGGGGAGCCAGCACCGGUGCCAGUCGCCGACGCUACGCCGAACUUCACUGUGCUGGAAAACGGCACCUUAGUACCUGGAAACAUGACGUCUAAUGGGACUGCCGCUAAUGUAACAGCCAAUGAAUCAGAUAGUACGCACAAGACAGAUGAUUCUGUGAACACGAUGACGUCAUCGGUGAUUACGUCGACGACGACGACUAAUACGACGGUGGUGAACGCCGUGGACGUGAAGGGUCCGCCGGUGGACGUGACGCCGGGGAUGACCUGCUACGUCAUCAGGACCACUCCGUCGUCGCGCAUGAAGAAGGCGGUGCCGUGCGGCCUGCUGCAGACCUACUCGCAACAGUCACUCAAGAGAAGCGCGGCAAAUAGAAACGCACCUCUGUUUACACUGUUGUCGGUCGCGAUCGUUGCAUUUGCGAUGUAUUAGGUGAAAAAGUUUGUAUGUGUGUGUGUGUUCAAUAUUUGAGAGGUUGGACGGACUGUGAUAGUCAUAAACUUACUUGAUAUUAUACCAUUGUAUUAUUUUGUUAUAUUUAUGUUUUAUACUAACAUGUUAUGAGACUUAAACCAUUCGUAUACAUCACAAGUAUUUAUAUCUAGUAUGUAAGCAUAGGGAAAGUAUUUUUAUCGAAAUUGCUACAAAGGUAUUCUGAACAGUAACUUAUCUAAAAGUAAUAAAUCUCCUAUUUUGAAUGUGUGCGUUAAUUAAAUCAGUUAUACCUAUGUAUAAGUAAACUUUGUGAUUCGUUAAAUUCUGAACAUAAACCACUAUUUUAUAAGAAAUGAUUUUAAAUAAAUAAACUGUUC